UGUGACAGGGAAUGGUUAUUUUGUGUCCAAUCCAGACUGGCGCGCAAUUUGCAGUGCGUCUCCCCCCACAACAGCGUUCACUAAAACCCUGCCUUCUGAGAUUAGUAUACGCACUGAGUGAGGAAGGGGUAGGCUAUAUUUUCAAUGAGGAAAACAGUGUCUGUCAAACGUCACAUGGGGCUGGGGCCGAUUGCUUCCUGAAAUGCUGUUCAUCGUAUUUUUUUAUUCACUACGGUACUAGUAUUAGGCUUUUCAUUCAUUUCUGUAUCGGUUUAUUAUUUCUGCCGCAAUGAUAAGCAAAGUCAAAAAUGCGAUGACCACGCUGGUGGGUGGAAUGAUGCCCCACGGUCAUCACCAGCACCACGGAUCCGGGAACGUUCACCACCAGAACUGUCACCAGGACGGUCUGCCUCCACGGUUCCCCUACGGUCGACCUGAGUUUCUGGAUCUUACACCAGAGCUUCUUCAAUACUCGACAGAACAUGCUUCUCGACCGGUGCUGACGUUGAAGAGGGACAGCAGGCUUCCCUGGCGGACGGGAUACGCAGAGACCAUCAAUGCUGGGAAGAGCAUGCUGAAUGAGGACCAGGCGUCCUGUGAGCUGCUGUACGUGAAGAAGCUGAGCAACAAAAAACAGCGUAACUCCACACUGCUGGACGACAAUGGGGACGGCACAGGGAUCCCACUGCAGUACUGGGGCGUGUUCGACGGUCAUGCAGGUUCAGGGUGUGCCAUCAUGGCAUCUAAACUCCUCCAUCGCCUCAUCAGAGACAGACUGGGGGACAUCGCCCACCUGCUGGAGAACCCCUCCGUGACGGCCCCUAUCUGCCUGGCCAAGAACGGCAGCCCCUACCAGCUGGAGGUGAAGAAGGGAGCAAAUUCCACCCAGGACCCAGAGGACCCUAAUGCCAUCAAUGACUCCUCCAUCCGCUUCCACAUGGAAAAGACUGUCAGUCUGGAGAGUCUGAUUAUGGGCAUCAUAGAAAACGCCUUCAAACAGAUGGAUGAACUGAUAGAGAAAGAGAAGACGUCCUUUACCAUCUCUGGUGGAUGUUGUGCCUUGGCUGCCAUCCAUUUAAUGGGGAAGCUCUAUGUUGCCAAUGCAGGAGACAGCAGAGCCAUCAUCAUCCGUAACAAUGAGGUCAUCCCCAUGUCAAACGAGUUCACGCCCGAGUCCGAGAGGCAGCGCCUGCAGUAUCUGGGCUUCCUGAGACCGGAGCUGCUUGGGAAUGAGUUCACACACUUGGAGUUCCCUCGCAGAAUCCAGCACAAGGAGCUGAGCAAGAAGAUGCUCUUCAGGGACCACACAAUGAACGGCUGGGCUUACAAGACCAUCAUAGAAGACGACCUCAAGUUCCCGCUUAUAUAUGGAGAGGGUAAAAAGGCCCGUGUCAUGGCCACCAUUGGGGUAACACGUGGCCUAGGGGAUCAUGACCUGAAGGUGUACAACUCCAACAUCUACAUCAAACCCUUUCUCUCCUGCUGCCCAGAGGUGAUAGUGUACGACAUGUCUGAGUACAAGCAUGGCCCGAAUGACGUGCUGGUGAUGGGUACAGAUGGGCUGUGGGACGUGACCACAGACAGGGAGGUAGCAGACGCAGUUUCAGGCUUCCUGUCCUGCUGCGAGCCCACUGAUCCUGUGAGAUAUACACUGGCCGCCCAGGACCUGUUGAUGCGGUCGCGAGGGGUCCUGAAGGAGAGGGGCUGGCGGUUACCCAAUGAGAGGCUGGGAUCAGGAGACGACAUCACUUGUUAUGUGAUCCCCUUGGCGGGACCGGCAGGGCCCGAGACAGAGACAUGACAGGCCUUGUCCCACCACCCUACCAGGAGAGGACUAACUCCCUAGGACCGACCAGGGUCAAUCCUUCCCCCUUACCCCCUCUACCCUGGGGGAAGGGUGAAGAAAACACCUCCCUUUUAUAGGGAAGCCUCAGAUUGGAGAGCUGGCUGUUGACACCUGUCAACCGGCCCAUCUUCCUGGCUUCUGGAACAACCCACUGGGCUCUAAUUAUUGUUUUUGUUUGGUACUCAUGUAACAGGUGUUCAAUGACAUUAACUGACUGACCGAAAACACGUCCAUUUCUGAAACCUGCUCUUUUUGAUCGCUACUUAACGAGAACCUUCCCCCUGUAGUUUCAUGUUUUAAUCUCUCUAAUUUAUUUUCUGAUAAUUGCAGCAGGAUUGGUUUGGCCAUAUUCUGAUAGAAGUGCUUGGUUAGUCUUUCUAAAUACCUCCUUAUUACCUUAUGACCCCCACAUGUGAUUUAUAGAAUGCUAAAUUCCUAAAAUAAUCUAAUUUAUUGCUUGUGUAGAGUACAGUAUGACAGGUGGAGGUAGAUGGCCUGGCACAAAGUCUAACAUCAAAUAGCAUGACUGAUAGCAAUUGAGGGACUAGCAUCACAUAGGAGUGAUGCCACUGCUCAGAAAACAGUGGAGCUCUGUGACAAAAUAACUACAGUCGUGGCCAAAAGUUUUGAAUGACACAAAUAUACAUUUUCACAAAGUCUGCUGCCUCAGUUUGUAUGAUGGCAAUUUGCAUUUACUCCAGAAUGUUAUGAAGAGUGAUCAGAUGAAUUACAAUUAAUUGCAAAGUCCAUCUUUUCCAUGCAAAUGAACUGAAUCUCCAAAAAACAUUUCCACUGCAUUUCAGCCCUGCCACAAAAGGACCAGUUGACAUCAUGUCAAUGAUUCUCUCGUUAACACAGGUGUGAGUGUUGACGAGGACAAGGCUGGAGAUCACUCUGUCAUGCUGAUUGAGUUCGAAUAACAGACUGGAAGCUUCAAAAGGAGGGUGGUGCUUGGAAUCAUUGUUCUUCCUCUGUCAACCAUGGUUACCUGCAAGGAAACAUGUGCCGUCAUCAUUGCUUUGCACAAAAAGGGCUUCACCUAAAUCAACCAUUUAUCGGACCAUCAAGAACUUCAAGGAGAGUGGUUCAAUUGUUGUGAAGAAGGCUUCAGGGCGCCCAAGAAAGUCCAGCAAGCGCCAGGACCGUCUCCUAAAGUUGAUUCAGCUGCGGGAUCGGGGCACCACCAGUACAAGGCUUGCUCAGGAAUGGCAGCAGGCAGGUGUGAGUGCAUCUGCACGCACAGUGAAGCGAAGACUUUUGGAGGAUGGCCUGGUGUCAAGAAGGGCAGUAAAGAAGCCACUUCUCUCCAGGAAAAACAUCAGGGACAGACUGAUAUUCUGCAAAAGGUACAGGGAUUGGACUGCUGAGGACUGGGGUCAAGUCAUUUUCUCUGAUGAAUCCUCUUUCCGAUUGUUUGGGGCAUCAGGAAAAAAAGCUUGUCCGGAGAAGACAAGGUGAGCGCUAACAUGUAUCAUGAACGUAAUUUUGCCUAAGAACACAGCCAUGAAUAAAGAAUGGUACCAACACAUCCUCUGAGAGCAACUUCUCCCAACCAUCCAGGAACAGUUUGGCAACGAACAAUGCCUUUUCCAGCAUGAUGGAGCACCUUGCCAUAAGGCAAAAGUGAUAACUAAGUGGCUCGUGGAACAAAACAUCGAUAUUUUGGGUUCAUGGCCAGGAAACUCCCCACUCUCCUGAACAACGUCUAUAUGCACCCCUACUGGAUGGAAAUUACAAGUGUAAUGGCUGUGCUCAAUGCAAUGGUACUUAUAAAUGCAGAUCCUUCAAACACCCACAAACAGGGAAAUCGAUCCCAAUCAAAAGUUUUAUUACGUGCUCCACUAAGGCAGUUAUUUAUCUUAUAACUUGUCCUUGUGGUAAAAAUGAUGUGGGUAAAACAAAGCGCAAAUUAAAAGUACGUAUCUCAGAGCAUCGUAGCACCAUUAGGUGCAAAAACUUGACUUACCCAGUUGCGGCCCACUUUUUGGAGGCAGGCCACUCGAUUUCGUCUCUGCGUUAUAUUGGCAUCGAACAUGUCCCCCUCCCUAGGAGACGGGGUGACCUUGAUAAUCUAUUGUUAAAACGAGAGGCUGCCUGGAUCUUUAACUUAAAGACCCUUGCUCCCUUCGGUCUCAACGUAGACUUUGAUCUGAAGCCAUUCUUGUGAUUAUUGUGACUUUGCCAUUGUAAUUGUUUGUAAGCUUGUGUAGUCUAAAAUUAAUCUAUGAUCGUAUGCUAUCCAUUUGUUUUUUGUAUGCUGUUCUUUGUAUGCCAUUUUAAUAUUUGAGAAUUAACCAAUGAUAUUAGGCCACUUUUGGCCAUGAUUACAGACACCUGUGUGUCUUUUGACACUAUAUAAACGAGUCAUCCCGCAGUGUUUGUGAUUAUACCCUGAUGAAGACAGCUUCGCUGUCAAAACGUUGGACAUUACAUUUUUGCAUCUGAGCUCCUAGAGUGUGCGGCUCUCCUUUAUUUUCAAGUUUUCUACUCCGCUAGCCAGCACCUCGCCUAAAUAGGUCUGCGUUUCUUUUUCUUCAGCAAACUCCCCAGACCUUAAUCCCAUUGAGAACUUGUGGUCAAUCCUCAAGAGGCGGGUGGACAAACAAAAUCCCACAAAUUCUGACAAACUCCAAGCAUUGAUUAUGCAAGAAUGGGCUGCCAUCAGUCAGGAUGUGGCCCAGAAGUUAAUUGACAGCAUGCCAGGGCGGAUUGCGGAGGUCUUGGAAAAAGAAGGGUCAACACUGCAAAUAUUGACUCUUUGCAUCAACCUCAUGUAAUUGUCAAUAAAAGCCUUUGACACUUAUGUAAUGCUUGUAAUUAUACUUCAGUAUUCCAUUGUAACAUCUGACAAAAAUAUCUAAAGACACUGAAGCAGAAAACUUUGUGGAAAUUAAUAUUUGUGUCAUUCUCAAAGCUUUUGGCCACGACUGUAUGUCUAAGGUUGGGAGAUGCUUCUGAAACACGGAUGGGAAUGUUGCAUGAGGAAGACACAAAGAAUGAAGAGGAAACAUUCUGUUACACGUCCUGUGCCAGUAUUGCAGAAACUCCAAUGUCAAAGCAGCAGUGAAUGAUGAUGGAAGAUGUGAAACCUGAAGCACUUUAAGACAGUCAGUCUGAUUAGUGGUUAUGAAUUCAAUUGCACUUGCAAUGAUUUUUCUUGAAUUAUGUAUGUUUAGAGAUAUAUUUUUGUUUAACUUAUUGUUAGUUUUGUCACCAUGACAAAAAAAAGGCAAGGCAUGGCUGAGAUGUGCAUGACCUUUGUUGUAAUAUCAUCAUAUAAUAUAUUCGAUCCAAACUCAAAUAUCAAAGGCUCUUUUGGCAUGUAGGUGCAAUGUCAUUUUGAAUUGGAAUGAAGCUAUGGUUUCCUUCCUCUCAAAUUGUUCCUAUAGAAUGUAUUGUUUUUUUUUUAGUAUUGUCUCCCAGAGUUAAAAGAUCCACAAUAGUGUGCUGUACUGUUUUCUACUUUUUAUUUUUAUUCUGGAUUGACAACUUGUAGUAGAUAAUCUGUUUGUCAGGAUGUCACUUGACUGCCUUACUACACUCGAGGAGCAUUGUGGGCCAGGGACUGUAUGGGACAUACAGGGACUGUAUGUUUUAUAUGUUAAUUAACUCAUAUCAAAGUCUUCAUUCAAUUUAAGUUAGGAGAAGUUGCCCAGACAAAUGUAUGCCCUCAAAUGUCUUGCUUCUCUCUUUGAUUGUUAUGUGUAGCCAUUAUAGGUACGUUAUCCCUAGCUUUUGGUACGUUAUCCCUAGCUUUUGAGAACGUUGGCUAAUAGCUGUAUCAUAAAUAUUGCUUUAUUUAUAAUAAAGAGGUAGGGGAUCAAGUGUAUCCUUACCAAAAUAAGA